AUGCUGACCACCUCAACAGGUGACAGUAGCGCGGUGGUGACGCCCUCUCCUCGUGCUAUUGGUGAAAUUGCCAACUGCACAAUGUGGAUUGCCCCAGUCAGUGACUAUGAUACGUGCUUCAGUAUCAUCCAUACUUAUCACCUGUCCAUGGAUGAGUUCUACGCAAUGAACCCAUCAGUGAAAAGCGACUGCAGUGGCCUCGCUCGUGGUACCAAUUACUGCAUUUCAACCUAUCCAGGUGGAGCACCCGCUGGUUUCCCUGGCUGGAACCCAGGUUCUAGCAGCCCAAUAAGCAGCACGCCUGUGGCGACCUCCACAACCCCAGGCAAUGGUAUCUCCACACCAUACCAUAUCCUAUUCAGACUGACAUGGUUUCAACAUGUGAUGAAUUCUACAAGGUUAUACCAAAUGAUUCAUGUUUUGACAUUGCCAAUAAUCACAGCAUUCCUCUAUCGUCAUUCUACAAUUGGAAUCCUGCAGUCAAAAAUAGUCGACUGCUCAGGCCUUCAGGCAGACGAAUACGUUUGUGUGGGUAUCAAAACAGCAACAACUGGCACUGGGGUCACCACCCCAUAUCCUAUCCAGACUAGCAUGGUCUCAAAUUGCGACGCAUUUUAUAAAGUUGUCGCAGGCGACUCAUGCGUUGACAUUGCAAACAGCCACGCCAUCCCCGUAUCAUCCUUUUACAGCUGGAAUCCCGCGGUGAACACGGAUUGCUCAGGCCUCCAGGCAAAUGUGUACGUAUGUGUCGGUAUCACGUCAACGGCUACAGUCACUGGAAUUACGACUCCCGCUCCCAUUCAGACGGGCAUGGUACCCAACUGCAACGACUUCUACAAGGUCGUUACAAAUGACCAGUGUGGUCAAAUUGCGAGCGCUUACACUAUCCCACUAUCUUAA